AGGCUAUGUCCAUCUGUGUCUGUGUGCCAGACAUAAUAAAAGAAUGGAAAUGAGGGAAAGACAAAUAAGACAUUUUUGACACGAAAAUCAAACAGUAAAAUGUAGACGUACAACAAAUAAAAACAGAUACAUACAUAAAUCUUACAAACUGAAGUAAACAAUAAGUAGGAGCGCGGUAGAUGAGACGAAGGGUUCACGGUGUUUCUGGAUUAAGUCGGAACAAAUAUUUACACACAUACAGUAUAAAUAUAUCUACGUAUUAUACAUUUGCUCUGUAUUAAAAAUACAUACUUAGAAAAACACAUUCUAUGUGGUUCAUGUUUUGAGUAAAAAUACAAAAGAAUUGACUCGGGAAAAUAAUAGAAAUAAACCAUCGUACACCACCCCAAACAAAUAAUGAAAUACAAAUGUGUAUUGUAGUUUUCGGAGACGUACUCGUUCCACUUUAUCUCAUCUGGUAGAAUUUGAGCAAAAUUAUAUGAGAAGGGGAAAAAAUUAACGUUCGUUAUGUCUUCGUCGUCUACCGUUGCUUCGAGAAAGCCUUGAGCCAAAUCACGCGAGAGUUGAUAACCGGAGCGGAGUGUCGACGAGAGUACACGUUGUCGCUGAGUUGUCGGAGAGGGAGGAGGAAGAAGAGUACACAGAGGAGAGGCCAACCGUGGACUAAAUAAAACAUUGGAAGGUGGAGGGGGGAUAAAAGAAGGGAAUAACAAGUCAUGGCUUCGGGGGACACCCUGUACAUCGAGGCGGACGGCUCGGAAAUGCCCGCCGAAAUCGUGGAACUGCACGAAAUCGAAGUGGAGACCAUCGAAACAACAGUUGUCGGGGAAGACGACGAGCACCAGCCUAUGAUCGCCUUACAACCGCUUGACACGGACGACCCGCACUCGAUUCUCCCGCACCAAGAAGUAAUUCUGGUGCAGACCCGGGAGGAGGUGGUGGGCGAGGACGACUCUGAACUGCAGGCGGAUGACGGUUUCCAGGACCAGAUCCUCAUUCCGGUGCCCGCCGUGGAGGAGGACUACAUCGAACAGACUCUGGUCACCGUCGCUGGGAGAAGCUCGACGACGGGCCGAAUGAAGAGAGUUGGAAGUGGCAAGAAAUCGGGCAAAAAGAGCUACCUGAGCGGAGCCGACAUGGGGAGAAAAUGGGAACAGAAGCAAGUGCAGAUCAAGACGUUGGAAGGGGAGUUCUCCGUGACGAUGUGGGCUUCGGAUGACAAGAAGGACAUUGACCAUGAAGAGCAAAUCACGGGUGAAAACUCUCCUCCUGACUAUUCAGAGUACAUGACGGGGAAGAAGCUGCCUCCAGGGGGCAUCCCGGGCAUCGACCUCUCAGACCCCAAACAGCUAGCGGAGUUCGCAAGAAUGAAGCCAAAGAAAGUGAAAGAAGACGACGCACCCAGGACGAUAGCCUGUCCGCACAAAGGAUGCUCCAAGAUGUUCAGGGACAACUCUGCGAUGAGGAAGCACCUGCACACCCACGGCCCACGCGUGCACGUCUGCGCCGAGUGCGGCAAAGCCUUCGUGGAGAGCUCCAAACUGAAAAGACAUCAGCUCGUACACACAGGAGAGAAACCGUUCCAGUGCACAUUUGAGGGUUGCGGCAAGAGGUUCUCCUUGGACUUUAACUUGCGCACACACGUGCGCAUCCACACAGGGGACCGCCCGUACGUGUGCCCCUUUGACGGCUGCAACAAAAAAUUUGCCCAGUCCACCAACCUUAAAUCUCACAUCCUCACACACGCCAAAGCAAAGAACAAUCAGUGAACGGACCCGCAGCGACACGAGCUUACACUGGACUGGAGGACACACGCCGCAUCUCCUUGACAGACAAUUGAUGUUCCGUGUGGCCUGCUUGCUUGAGAUAACAGAUUGUUGCCCCUUUGUAUAAUUUUUCAACACAGACCUUUCUAACAAGACUUUUUUUGUACGCAUGUGGGGAUGGGAACACUGACGCCCGAGGCCUUCCAACUCUGGCGCGAUUCGAAUUGAACUCUACUUGGUUCUCUGCACCUGCAAACUUAUUUAUAUCGGAACACAGUCGGCUGCAAUAUUUUACAAUGAAAGUCAAACAAUUGCAAUGCUCCUCAGCUCGCAGUGACCCUUUUUUUUUCUACUCCUCCCGAGUGUGCAUAUUGUACACUGAUUGACAGCACUGUGCUGAUUUGAGAGGAUCCCUGUUGUUUUUUUUUUCUCCCAGUUUUACUUUCAUUUGUGUUUGAAAGAUUGAUUUAUUUUCAUUUUGUACAAUGCAAUAUCAGUAAUAUUGUAGAUAGCCAUGUGACUAUCCAUAGAGAUCACGGAUUAAAAUGUUUUUUUUUCCCAAAA